CUCUUCAGUGCAUUUUCAAGUUUGUUUUCACACGUUAAGUUCAUUUUACGACAUAUUUAAAAUUUCUAUAUUUUCUAGAAAGCUUCAAGUCAUGAACUUUUUAUGUCUCACGAUUCUCUCGACACUUGCACUGAUAUUUCCUGUUCCGUCAUCGUCAGGAGAUGUUUCAUGCGAUAAAAGUUGUCCAAAAUGGGAAGUUUAUUCGAGAUGUGCCGGACCAAACCAGCCAAAUUGCUUCCACCGUCAUGCAUCGACUGAUGAGUCACAAUGCAUUCCUGGAUGUGUCUGUACAAGAGGAAUGAUCAGAGAUCCAAACACAUUUAAAUGCAUUUCCGAGCAUAAAUGUCCAAAUCCUGUUAAUAAUCCAAAAUGGUGUCCAUCAAAUGAAGUUUAUUCAGACUGUUCAGCUGGAUGUCAACGAACUUGCGACACAUUGAAUGCUGUUUUUAAAUGCCGUUGUAUACCCGGAUGUAUUUGUAGGGAUGGAUAUGUUAGGAGUCAGAUAACUAAUCAAUGUGUUCCGAUUAAGUCUUGUAAAGGAUGUCCAAAGGGCUACAAAAGAAAUCCCGAAACUGGAAACUGUGAGUUCCAGUGCAAUGAGUGUCCAAAAAAUGAAGAAUACAAAGACUGUGGAUCUCAUUGUGAGCCUGACUGCUUUCCAAGAGGAAUAGCCUGUAUAUUAUCGUGCAAACAAGGAUGCUUCUGCAAGACUGGAUAUGUCCGUGGACCACAAAAUGGAACUUGCAUCCCAAAAGAAAAAUGUCCAAAAUGUCCAGCAAACGAAUCAUUUUCCUGUGGAAAUCCACUUUGUGAGAAGACCUGUGACAACUACAAGGAGCCCUGCACAAUUCAGAAUAUCCGAUGUGAAGAUAAAUGCUAUUGUAAUGAUGGAUUUGUAAGGAACAAGAACAAUGUAUGUGUUCCUGUGUCGGAAUGCGAUGAAAAUGAUUGCUGAUGGAAUCUCCUUGUUAAGGCUAGAAAUUGGACAAUUACCCAACACAUUGUAUUCCCCUUGAUCAUAUAAUUAAGAAAAUAAUAAAAUUAUGCAAAUAAUCAAAUUGCAUACCCGAAUUUUUUUCUUGACUUAAUAAAAU